GGAAAGUGCGGGGCGGAAUCUGUCACGUGUGAGUGUCAUGGCGGCGCCCAGUGGAAGCUCCGUGAUGACCCCCGUGGUCGGUACCGCUGCCUCCCCACCUUCCCCCGGGGAGGGCACUCUGCAGUACAGUAUGAUACUGGAGCAUCUGGUGGGAGAGAAGAGAAGACCGAAGGAGAUGAUCCCGGGAGGGCUCGGGGGAAUCCCCACACCCAUCAAAUCCGCGGAACAUAAGAUGAUGGAGCGGGUUAUGGAGAGCUGCGGCUUCAAAGCUACCCUGGCCUGUGUGGGGGGUUUUGUCCUGGGCGGAGCCUUUGGCGUGUUCACUGCCGGCAUUGACACCAACGUAGGUUUUGAUCCUAAGGAUCCUUAUCGCACACCUACUGCCAAAGAAGUGUUGAAGGACAUGGGACAGAGGGGAAUGUCAUACGCCAAGAACUUUGCAAUAGUGGGUGCCAUGUUCUCCUGCACAGAGUGUCUAGUGGAAUCGUAUCGAGGGAAAUCUGACUGGAAGAACAGUGUGAUGAGUGGCUGUAUAACAGGGGGUGCGAUAGGUUUCAGAGCUGGCCUGAAAGCCGGAGCCAUCGGAUGCGGAGGAUUUGCUGCUUUUUCGGCCGUCAUAGACUAUUAUCUGCGAUAGCGGGUUUGUGCCAGCAGGUGGCGAUGCUGCACCACGGACAUUUUAUACAAACCCCGCGCUGACCA